GCAUCUUUCAGUCUUAAGACCGUUUCAAUAAUUCAGCAUGAAUUUUGACGAGUCGUACCGUCGUCAGAAACUCUUUAUAACUAAUGUUCAACUAACUGUAGCAUUCCAAAUUAUCACCACUUCAUUUCCAAGUUCUCAACCUUUCAGCCACAAUGACUCCUCAACUAGCCGUAUCUGUCGCCACCACUCUGCGCCGCAGACAAGGCACGAAGCUCAUGGAGAAAUUUAAUCUAGCCACACUUAACGGUGGCAAGAGCCCCUUUGACGUGUCAAGCAAUCGGCUACUAAAGGUGCACAAGAAGCCACCCCAAAGUAUUUCAGACAAGUUUUCGCUUGACUACCUUCUCGGAACCAAUAAAGCUCAGACAAAGGAGAAAGUGAGUUCGUGUCACGCUGUUAGCUCGAACCUCAUGUAAGUGGGAAGAGUGCGAUACACCCGUACGAUGUACUCACAAGAAAGCCUAAGAAUUAACCCGCUGUAACCGUGAGUACUCCUAAUAUAGUCUUGAUAUUUACUAUUUACCUCUUGUGUUGUGCGAUAAUUAUAAGCUAGCCGAUUGAUAGAAAUAUCUAACUGUUCAGCCAAGUAGCACACCAAAGUUAUAUAGGCGAAGCUAUGAUAGAUUGCAUCAAACAUCUGCAGUGCGAAUUUUAGCCCUUCACAUUGAUCACGAUUUUUAAUGAUGUAAAGUUCUCGCACGACCAGUCGCAGAACAAUUCUUUCAUGAAACGUUCGACAAGUUGUAAUUCUUUCCAGACUGCAUUUGCUCAGACAUUCCUUCGGAAAUGAUUGUUAAGCCUUUGAUAAUCUAGCAUUUAAAACAAUAGUAACAACGACACCAGGUUGUCACGUGAUCGGCAUACCGAACAGACAACAUCAAAAGCAUAUUAUGAUUCUACAAUCUACAUCUAUAACUUAAUGCUGCAAAGAUGACGCCAUAAUGCCAUAAUCGCCGUCUCAAUCAAGCACCAGAACGUCCAAACCAUUAAAGACUGGCAUCACAAGAUGGAAGAUUUAUACGUGGAUAAAUAACUUCGUACGCUUUCUAUUAAUAUCAAGG